AUGGCGCAAACCACAGAGACGGAACGAAAAGAUGGCGAUCUUUCCCCAAAGGUUCUCUCCCUUGGGAUGACGAGAACUGGCAAGUUCAGAUUCUCCACGUCUUGUUCCGCCUCUAUUACACAGGCUCUUACCAUCCUCGGCUACAAGAAUGUACACCACGGCAUCCAAGCCAUCAGCAAUCCCAAGGACUGGGAGGUUUUCUCACAGGCAUGUGACGCGUUCUAUCCCACCCUACCAACGUACGAUGGAAAGCCGUUUGGGCAGUCGGAUUGGGACCGGGUCUUUGGGCAGUGCGAAGGCAUCACGGACAUGGGUUCCUUCUUCGCGCUUCCGCUGAUUGAUGCGUACCCCGACGCAAAAGUUAUUCUGGUAGAGCGCGACAUCGAGACUUGGUAUGCCAGCAUGGAGGAGGCCAUCUUCGGUACAACAUGGGGCUGGCGUGCAGACCUGAUCAUCGAAGUCUUCGGCCGCUUAAUGGGCUUGAAGGGGGGCUUGACAAUCCGCAAGAUCAUGAAGGGGUAUUACGAGGCGCGCAACGUCAGCGAUAUGCGUUCCAAGGCAAGGGACAGAUAUCGUCGCCACUACGCUGAGAUUCGGGCCGCGGUCUCCAAGGACAGACUACUGAAUUUCGAUGUGAAAGAGGGAUGGGAACCUCUUUGCGCAUUUCUUGGCAAGUCUGUACCUGACGUGCCGUUCCCGCAAGUCAACAAGAGAAAAGAGCAUGUUGCGAGAGUUAGGGCCAAGCAAAACAUGUUUCUGAAGGCCAUGGGAAAGAAGACUUUGCGGAUAGUGAUGCCAUGGAUCUUAGGGUCUAGUGCUGUAGCUAUCGGAAUGUGGGCAUGGCAUAACCAGGAACGCGUAGCUGUGCUUCGUGCGGAUACUGAAGCUUGGUUCCAUAUGCUCAAAUCGACUUGGAAAUAG